CUUGCACUCUUAUUCUCCCGCACAGUGCUUCUUGCAUCUCGGAAGGAAUCCGGCGCAUUCCUCGGGCCAGUUUUGUUGCAGCUCGAAACACAACUUCAGCCCACGCUCUACGGAUAACUCUCUGCGUAUCCGUCGUCCGGAUAUAAGUUCUCGCACUUGUUGUGUGGAGCUUGGCUGAGCAUGGCAACCUUCCUCCAUGAACUCGUGAAUCACAUGGUGUCCGUGACGACAAACGACGGCCGCAACAUCAUUGGUGUGCUCAAAGGAUACGACCAGUGCAUCAACGUCAUCCUCGACAACAGUUUUGAGCGCGUGUACUCUAUGACCGACGACGUGCAGAUCGAAAACCUCGGGCUCUUUAUUGUUCGCGGCGACAAUAUCGCCAUUAUCGGGGAAGUUCCUGACAACGUCAAGGAACAAAGUCAAAGCGAUACAUUACGAGCCCCCCCCAUGAAGCCCGUAACGCAUUAAGCCGUCCAUGCAUUCCUUCAUGUGUCCUCAACACAAUCCACGUUCCUGCUCUUAUCUCCAGUACAAGCCCGGCGGAGGCCUAAGACGGCAGCCGGCCCCGGAUAUCAAGAGGACCUCAGAGGGGGCGAAACGAGAUUCCUCGUGUUCACAACGUACUAGAUAGAAUAAAGAGUGCUAAGCACACUCGCUGUCAACCCUCGUCGUCAGUGCACAAAUCACUACACUACGUGAGUCCCCGAAAGUUCAAACAUCCCUCACCACGUUGAAAGAAUUGCUACCUUUCCAC